AUGUCGACCAAGGUGCCUGUGAAGAGCAUCCUGAAGACUCAGGGCGUCAAGAAGACGCCGACAGUCACAGAUGAGCAAAAGGCCAAGGUCGAGAAGGACAAGCAAAAUCUCAAUAUUGCUCUCAAGCACGCGUAUCUGAUCCAGCAACAUCGGAAACACGUCGAGGCUGCCAUCCUGGAUGCCAUCACGACACUGAUAGACCUCCCAGCAGCAUCGACCUUCACCACAGAAGAGAGCGAGACUUAUGUCAAGCUGAUCAGGUCGUUCCAACCAUCCGACUUUGACAGCUUGAUCGAGGAGCGUCGUGUUGACGAACGAUGUGGCUAUGGUCUAUGUGGCAACAAGCCUCGAUGCCAGACUAUGGGCAGCAGCGUGGCCUGGAAGCUCAAGAAAGGCAUGUCAGAUUACUGCAGCGACGCAUGCGCCAAGAAGGGCCUAUUCCUCAAAGCUCAGCUCAGUGAAGUGCCUGCUUGGGAACGGCUUCCGGAGCAGCAACCGGAUAUUCAGCUACACGCCGAUGAUCGACCCGCAGAUACAGACACCGCCCAACGGAGAGCUAACAGGACCGCGCGCGUUGACGAGUGGCGUAAGAAGGUGGCAAGCAACGAGGAGUUGGCCAUGGAACGAGGUGAGAAAGCGAGCUCUAUGCGACCGAAUCAAGUCAUGGCCGAUAUGAUCGUGGAGAAGAAUCCCAAGCCAUUCGAGGCAUCUUCGCUGCAGGCUGGUGCAGGUCAUUUCAACACCAUCGAGGGAUACCAGACCAAGCGCUACAACAAGAAGAAGAAAGGCGAGAAACGUGAUUCGGACGACAGUGAGACCGACGACGACGCCGAGACAUAG